AAAAGUUGCUCUGGAACUUCCUGGGAAUCUCUCAUAAAUUUAGGGUUAGAAAAAGUCCGUACAAUAACCGGUGAAUAACUUUGUUCUGUUGAUUUUGAAGCCUUCGUUUCAGUGAAUCUUUGCCUUUAAUUGGAAGGAAAUCUGUCUUUAUUUCUUCUUUGGAGAGUGGAGUUUUUUUUUCCGGUGAAAAUUGUCAGUCUCAGAAAGAUAAAGCGGGCGCAAAUCACCUUCUAUAAAACAUGUCAUCGUGUCAAAAUAUUGGAUUUGUGUUUACUGGUGGUUAAAGAUCAUAGGAGGAAUGUCUGACUUGUGCAUGUAUGAGCUUGAAGAUAAUGUUUGGGAUGAUUUUGGAGAUACUGAUGAUCAUAUAGUGCCUCGUACUGCUGAUGAAUACAGUGCUCAGUUGAAAGUUCAAGGUAAUAGUAAAAAAAGACCACUACUUGAAGUGAUUGGAGUUACUGGUGAUACUGAUCACAGUCCUGAUAGCGUGUUUACCACUUCAGCUGGUAAUGACACACACAAAGAAAUAGCAAACAUGGCUUCUGAUGAUGCCAGGAUGUCAAGCAAUGAUCUUGAAACUGGAAAAAUAGAUUCGGUUGGAAGUGACUUCUGUUCUGAUGAUCCUCUCCUGCUUGACAAGUGUGCUACAGAAGACAACAAUAACUACCGUUUUCCACUAAAUCACAUAACUGCAGCUGAUGAUGAUAUCAGAUUUUCUAUUAAUAACCACGAGGACAAAGAAAAUGGUGAUCUCUUAUACUUUGGCUUGGGAGACAUAGGGAAUUUUGAGGAUGUUGACAGGAUGUUCAGAAGUUGUGAUUCAACAUUUGGGCUGGGUAGUUUUGACGAUGAAGAUGAUUUGUACUGGUUUUCAUCUUCCCAACUGGCUGAAGGAUCUCAAGAUGCAUUCAAGGCUGAUUCUAAACUGAAGAGUAUACAAGAGGACUGUUCAACUUCUAGGCCAGCAAGUGCAGGUGAUAAUGCUGGUCUUGCUCACACGCCUUCUUUACAUAUAGCCAAUAAAGAAUCUGAAAGUAAGGAUGACUCGACAUCCUGUGAGCAGAUCAGUUCACAAGAAAAGCAUUCAAAGCAGCAUAAAGCGUCAGGAGGAAGAAAAGGUCAAUAUCUGGAAAAUGGUGGUUCUUUUACUCAAUAUAGCAGCAGCAGCAAGCAAUUUGUAGAUGUGAAGCACCCCAUUACCAAUUCAUCCUAUCAACUCUUAUCCUCUUCAGAUCUUCAGCGGAACCUUGGACCUGAUUCUGUGAAUUACGUAGAGACAGAUAUUCCUUAUAUGCUUCCUGGCUACAUAAAUUCUUCGGAUCAAGUUUCAAUCUGUCCAACUAUGUCUAGUGCCAAAUCUGAAAAUAAUGACCAUUCUUAUUCGAAAAUCAAGUUAUCUCACACAUCAAACCAGGUACAGUCUGUGGAGAGUUCUCAUGGUCCUUCAUUUGAGGCUCCUUCCAUUAUAACAAGUAAGAAGAAGGGAAAGCUAUAUUGCCAACAAGAUACGCAAGUCCCACUUAAUAGGACUGCCAAACAUGCAAAAAUGGGAAGUGAGAUGGCAAUUUGUGAUCCAAUUACCAUUCUAAACCAGGUACAACAGGAUGCAUGUCGUAGUGAAGUUGAAGGUGUUUGUGUAGUAAAUCCAGAUGAAUUAGAUUCUUCAAAUGCAAGGGAAACCUCUUGUGUAAUUUCUCCUUUGGACGAAGUCUCACUAGAGGCAACUAGUUUUCGGCAGCUUCAACAAGUCAUGGAAAAGCUGGAUAUCAGGACAAAGCUGUGCAUACGGGAUAGUCUGUAUCGUUUGGCUAGGAGUGCUGAACAAAGGCACAAUUGCUCGAAACCAAAAGGUGGCAUCCGGGAUGAUAAAGAUGAAGAUGCGAGUGGUUCAUCAGUGGCCAAUGAAACAAGCAAGUGCACCGGGUUUAUGGAUAUGGAAACUGACACAAACCCUAUAGAUAGAUCCAUAGCACACUUACUAUUCCAUAGGCCUUCAGAUCCUUCUCAAAGGCCGGAUAUCGACGCUGCAUCGUCGAAGUCUCAUGCCAUGAUUCAUGGCUCUAUCACGGAUCCACUUCCAAUGUUAUCAGAAGAACAAGUUGGCGGCAAUGGAACCUAUGCUGCCGGUUCAGAUAAAAAAGCGCCGACAAACUGUGACGGAAGGUAAUCUUUGUAAAAUUUGAUCUAUUUGUUCAUGAUCAUGUAUAAUGGUGAUCGCUGUGAGUCCGGCAUCGACAUAAGUUGUGCAGGUUCGUCCCCUAUUUUAGAUUUUUUUUCCCUUAGACACACCAUGGUCUUUUGGCAGCAUGUGUUAUUAAAUCAUUUGCAACGGUUUGUGAUAAACUUACUCAUUCGCUUCUCUCUCA